AUGGGUCUAAAACUUCGCCAACUCACCGACGGCCGACAUCUUGUUCAAGUAAUAUACACACCAAAUGGAGUCAUUCAAGAUUGCGAGUACAUAGCAGAAGGAAAAUCUGCUAGAAAUUUUCUUAAAACACUAAGAAAAGAAUUAAAAAUGGCGUUAGACGAAGAAAGUUAUAGAUUACAAGAGAAAAAAUCAUUGGACAAUGAGAAAUUUUACCGCCAUUUUGGCAAUGUGACAUUUCGAUUAUUAAAAAAUGGCGAAAAAUUGCCGCCAAAUAUUGCGUCAUGGUUCAAUUACGAUAGAUUAAAAACAGAAUGCUUUGAAAGGCAUGAAGAAUUAACGUAUAUGAUGGAGCACAAAAAUAAAGAAAAUGAGAACGGUCUCACGAGGUCGCGCAGAUCACUCAGGGAAAAUUUCAUAAUGCCUGGAACAAAAUGGUGCGGUGCGGGACAAUUGGCAGAGAAAUACAACGAUUUGGGGGUGGAUAGAAAGGAAGAUAGGUGCUGUAGAACGCAUGACAACUGUCGUAUCAACAUCGGCGCUUUCCGACGAAGAUUUGGACUUUUUAACUUCAGACCGUACACGAUUUCGCACUGUAAGUGCGAUAGGAGAAAAAAACGGGAUUCCAUGGAGUUGCUACGUGUCCCGGGAACGAAAUGGUGUGGAAAAGGAUAUUCGGCAACCAGAUAUUCCCAACUGGGCGGUUAUACGCGGACCGACAGAUGCUGUCGGGUCCACGAUCUAAGAUGUCCCUUUUGGAUCGGUGGGAUGGAGAAGAAGUAUGGUUUAUACAACUGGCGUAUAAAUACUUUAAUGCAUUGCAGAUGCGAUGAAAGAUUUCGCGCCUGUCUCAAGCUCGCCGACACUUCAGUAUCAAACAUGGUGGGAAAGCUGUUCUUCAACAUCGUCCAAACAAAAUGUUUCAUUUUAAAACCAGUUAAAGUGUGCACUCAAAGGUCUUGGUGGGGCAAAUGUCUACGAAGAGGUUAUAUGAAGCAGGCCUUCUUACGAGAUAACCUAUCCUAC